UUGCAACGGAUCUAUUCGUUUCAACUCCAGUCGACAAAUUUGAAAACAUGCGUGCGUUAGCUUGUCUCGUAUUUAUCGCUCUGGUAUGCACCAUUCAAGGAGCACCGUCUCCUCAUAUCAUCGGCGGUAAGGCUGCUCCCGUCGGCAAAUUUCCAUAUCAAGUUUCGUUGCAAUAUGCCGGCAAGCAUAGAUGCGGUGGAUCUAUCCUGAAUCACCGUAACGUGUUAACCGCAGCACACUGUGUUGAAGGGUACGUGAGAAGUUCUAAAUCUAUAUCAAUAUAUUAUUAGUAGAACAUAAUUCUA